GGUGCCAGAUCCAAGAUGGCGGCCUUCGGGGAAGGACUGUCUCUCCCUCUCUGUUGAGGAGGUUUACUCUUCACACCUUUCCUAAGCUACAAUGGCCGAAGCUCUGCAGCAGGAAGAUGAGCUGGACGGAUUUGGGAAACCUUCAGUCCAAGAUUUCCUUCAAGGUUUUCAGAUCAUCAAACAGGGAGCAGAAGCCAAAAUCUACAGAGUCACUUUCCUGGGGAGGCCCACCAUUGUGAAGGCAAGAUUCUCAAAAUCUUACCGACACCCUGCUUUAGACAAGAAACUUACACAUCGCAGGACAGCUCAGGAAGUACGAUCAAUACUUAGGUGCAGGAAAGCUGGUAUUUCAACUCCUGUGGUGUAUUUUGUGGAUUACAAUUCAAACUCUAUCUACCUUGAAGAUUUAGUUGGCUCUGUAAGUGUCCGUGAUUAUAUAACAUCAACUUGGCAGGAAAAAAAGGAAACGGUGAGCCUCUAUCCUUUGGCUGAGAAAAUUGGGCAGAUCUUGGCAAAAAUGCAUGAUCAGAAUGUCAUUCACGGAGACCUCACUACCUCAAACAUCCUACUGCAGAAACCAGAGGAUGAGCAGAGCUUGGUAAUGAUAGAUUUUGGGUUGAGUUUUAUCUCUGCUCUGCCAGAGGAUAAAGGGGUUGACCUUUAUGUUUUGGAGAAAGCUUUCCUAAGCACUCAUCCCAACACAGAGAGUGUGUUUGAAGUCAUUCUGAAGAGCUACUCAGCAUCUUCUAAGACAUCGGGACCUGUGAUCAAAAAACUUGAUGAAGUCAGGCAGAGGGGGAGAAAGAGGUCAAUGGUUGGAUAACUAAUAUUUUUAUUUGGUUAAAGCUUAGCUUCAUUUUGUCCUUUAUCUUGAAGACCUUCAUCAAAUCUGUAAUAUACAAAUAAAAAGAUACUUUUGUUUGAA